AUGAGUCAAAGCCAAGUCGUCGGUCCCAGUAUAUCUGGACUGGCCUCAUGGGCGCUCCAAUUCAGCCCGACCGCGUGGUUCAAGUCGUGGCUCUUGUAUUUGGGGAUCCAAACGCAUGUGCGAGGGACGAUUGAGCCGGAGAUGAAGCCACUACACAACGUCUGCGAGUACCUGCACGCGCUGCACAUCUACACGGACGAGGCUCGACGAGGGGAGUGCCUCAUCUACGACUCGUGCAAACCCGGAGCGAGACUCAUUGGCGUCGAGUUCAUGAUCCCCAAAGCCCGCUACGAGGCGCUCGACCGGCAAGAACAACGGUACUGGCACUCGCACGAGUUCGAGGUCAAGUCCGGCAUGCUCGUCCUCCCGUACCCGGAGUCCCACAGGCGCCGGAAGGACAAGUGGGACGCCCUCGAGACCAAGGCCAUGGAGGAGGUCGUCACGCUCUACGGCAAACUGUACCACUUCUGGCAGGUCGACAGGGGCGACGAACUGCCACUGGGUCCGCCGACGCUGAUGGGCUCGUUGACCGAGGCGAGACAGCUCGACGUGGACGCGGCCAUGAGGGAGAGGAACGAGGACUUGGGCAUCGAUCAGCCGGGGAAGCGUAAAUUGAGAGAGGACAUCGAGUUGCCUGGCGUUUCAGAGAAUGCGGACAGUUGGUGGAAAGAGGCUCAGCGGGACAAAGUCGGUAUCUACGCUGCGUGA